AUGCUUUUUAAACAAUGGAAUGAAAUACCAGAACCAAGGCAUCUACUAGAUUUCCCAGAGAUUUCAAAAAAUUUGCAUUCCUUAGAAGCCUGUCCAGUUCCAAAAGUAGAAUUACCUCAGGAUUUGGAUGUUUCUCAGUAUUCAACAGUUGUCAUCACUACAAAGAUAAUGAAUCCGUUAUUUCCCAAGAACCUUCUUCAAUUGAUCGCUGUUGGUAAAAUUGAAACCACACUGACAGUAGUGAACUCAGGAUCCGUUCAAUCUACAGGUGAUCACUCUUGGAAUUUUGAUGAAAAUUUUCCCAAUGAAGUCGAUCCUGUUCCAAGAGGUGCCAUGUCGGAUGAAACAAAGUAUGACUUUUCUUUUCCCAUUUACUCCUUUGGGAAAACGUUACUAUUUUCCAUUGAAGAGAACUUUUUAAGUAUAUCACCAAUCUUCGGUAAUAUGAUAAGCAGAUGUAUUGUAUCACGGUUGGUCGAGUCGUCCCCUGAAAUAAUUGUUAUUGGUACCUCCGAUAAAAUCGCUAAUAUGAAGGUAAUGACAAAAGACGAAUGUUCAUUAAAACCACCAGAAUUCAUAACAGGAUUCAUAGGAAGUGUAUUAACACAGUUGGUUGGUGGUGUUAAUAAGGGAAUGAAGUUUAAAUGUCUUGUUGUGCCUAGUGAAGGGCCUAAUGGAUAUGAAAAACUUUCUUUGUCUGACAUGGGCUCUUUAGUCAGCUUAUGUGGCCAAUGGCUUGGUUUUGACCAUUCGAGCUAUCAUGAAGAAUGCUAUCGCCUCUGGAGAUGUGAUAGUGCGGCAAUUGGCGCUCAAUCGGGCCUAUAUAUAUGA